AUGGUUGUGUUGGUGGUGAUCCUGUUGAACGGGUGGCUGUUCAGCAAAGGGUCUACAGUGGCCAUGCUGCAGCAUGCCACGUCAUCGCAGAGCAUCGUGUUCCACCAGCCGCAGGCGCUGCCCCCCACAACCACACCAAUACCUGCUUUAGACCAGUACAGCAGAACUCAACCAAAAUACGAGUACAAGUAUGAGGUGUCAGACCACCAAACGGGCGACAGAAAGAGCCACUGGGAGCGACGUGAGGGCGACAAAGUGCGCGGCGCGUACUCCUUGUACGAACCCGAUGGUGCGCUACGCACCGUCGAAUACACCGCCGACGCGGUUAAUGGAUUUAACGCCGUCGUGCGUCGCGAAGAGCCUCACCAGCAGAGCAAGCUGCAGCACCCUCGGCUGCCCGAGUCCCGGAGCCGAGCCCUGGCCAGCCGGGACUACCUCGACAGCCCGCAGUACCUCCCCGACAAGAGCCCGCCCACCAGCCCGCGGUACGGGCCCAGCGCCAACUCCAACGUGGGAUAUAGUGUCAACCAUGUCGCUGGGCUACAAGGCCCUGAAGAGAGUUAUAAUUACUAGUUCACUUACGAGUAAGAACGGCUUAAUAGCGGAUGCCAGUGUAUGUAUGUAUGUACAGUCAGCAUUAGUAGUAGCGGUUGCAACAACGCAGCAAAUAUAUCUGCUCUCCUAAAAUUAUUUUCCAUAUACAAUAGCCAAUCAUAUUCGUCAGUAGAAAUAGGCGCCUAAUUCAAAUUUUCUAUGGGACGACAACUAUUUACGCCUAAGGAUGUUGGAUGACAUCCUUUUUAAGGUUAGGUAAGAAAAAGGUACAAAAGGAUCCCUUAUGGUGCGACUCUGUUCGUCUGUCUGUCUGUCACAGUACUAAAUAUCUCGAGGACUUAUCCUAUCGAUUUUUUAUUAUUUGCCCGUAUUUACUAGGUACUGACAGAAAUGGUUUGAAAGAUUCUCAGUAGGUGCAUGUCUACAGUUCGUGUUCAUUGGUAUGCUGAUAAAUAGUCUGUUACUUUUUAUGUUGCCUGUACACUAUACUGAAACCGAAAAAUGAAUAUAGAAUUAAAGCUACUAGAUAAGUAUUUAUUCUUGAAGUGUCAUGUUGAGUGUCGUUGUAAAUAAUAGCAACAUUUAAAAACGCCUUAUAUUUAAUUGACUGGGACUUAACAGGCCGUAUAUUAAUGACAUGUAUAUAGAUUAGGGAACGAACGUUUUAGUUAAAAUAAAACUGGGAAUAAGAAUGGUAAAAUCAAAGUUUUCUUUCAACUUUACGUAGAUUCAACUCUUACCUUGGUUAUAAGAUGUACAUAUUAUUAACACGUUAGAAAUACCUAUUUCAGUAGGUAAGAAUAAUGUGUACCUUACAGCUGAUGUAUAGCUGAUGGAUAAGCAAAAGGUGUCAUUAAACAAAUGUGGCAAGUUAUUUUUUUUUAAUCCUUUGCUAGAAACACUAGGUUAAAAUGAUUCGAUUUGAUGAUGAUUUCGAAUUAUGAAACUGGUUUGUUUACAUAUUCAUCCAUUCUCUUGAUACCUACUUCAAAAACGAAUGACAAAGUUGCAUUUAAUCUUAAAAAUUAUGUUAAAAUAUUGAUGAAUUUGAUUUAGUUUGUGUUUUAUAGUUAAUAAUUUGGUCGUGUUGGCGUCGUAGUGGUGACAAAAUUGUUUUCACACGUGCCUUGAAAUCCUCGCAACGCUCUAGAUUCCACAUUCUGAACCACUCACGUGCGGUAAAACUUGUAAAACCAGUAAUUAAAAACUAGGUACAUACUACUUGUAUAUUCAAAAUUCGUUUUAUGAUCCUUUGCCUACGGAACGUAGCAAUGUUAGAAUGAUUUGUAUUUUUGCUAUUCAAAACGCAAUGACAACAAAUAUAUCAAAGAAACC